AUGCAGAAGUUCAUGAUCAGAGGUGAGAUUUUCAUCUUGUUAGAUACUCAAAAUAAUGUUAUUAAUCCUAGCCAUAUCAAGGAACACUUGAGUGACAAGAUUGACGUGGGCAACUUGACUCCCGAUCAACAGAGGUUCUAUUACUUCUCAAUAAGUGAUUUGGACAAAGAUAAUCGCAUUGAUGGUACCGAGAUAAUAAAGGCUUUAGCUCACGACCACACACAAGGCGCAGUUCCACGCUCGUUGACCCAAAGUGAUGACGAAUUGGUGACGAUGGUGGACGGCGUGCUGAAGGACAUGGACUUGAAUGGAGACGGCUACAUCGACUACGCCGAAUACGUCACCACGCAAAACUUAUAA